UUUAUCGUGUGGUGCACGUCUUGCAGUCUCGAACUUGUACGUACUAUGUUGGUAGCACUUUAAAAACAUCCUUGCCGGCCGCGGGCAUUUGAAAGAGACAAAGGAUAGCCCAUGCCUUAACUUUGUUACCGGACAAGGCAUGCAAAAGAAAGGUAGGGGAAAGAUAAUCAGAUUGAGUCUACAAACGCAAAUCUUACAAUCAACAAGGAUUAUGUUAUUACUUUGAGCUUUCUAGUAAACUUGUGUCUGUGUGCCCUGCCCAAUAAUAUUUCUUGUUGCAGCUAGGGACUAUAGUGGUGAUAAUGAAGUGAUUAUGACGAUAAAAUAUGCUCGUUGCGAACGAGUGUCAUCAGCUAACCUGUUCUCGAUUAUUUAUGUCAUUGCUGAGUACGCAUGUUGAGGCGCCAGGUAGCACCCGCCCGCACCACUUCCGUCCGAGCCUAGGGCCACCAGGGCCCCACGCACGCCCCACGGGCCGGGCCCGCCCCAGCCACCACUACCCCUACCACCACCACUUUCUCCAAGGUCGAGCUGUGCCCGGAAAGUUUCUUGGUAGGGUUGGAAUGAAGCAAUGGGCUGUAAACAGAGGGCCGAAGUAUAAAAUGCUCAGCGGGGAGUGGCCCGCCACAGUCCCGCGGGGUGCAGCGCUCUGUGACGUGAAUUGUGAUGAUGCUUCGACCGGUGUUCUCCCUCGCCCUCGUGGCCUGCGUGGCCACCCUGGCCGCAGCCCAGUCCCCGCUGCAGCCUGCUGGCCGCAUACUGGAGCCGCCAGUGCCCUCCCUGUGCGCACAGAGAAAAAUCCAUGAGAAAUUCAAUGGGAAAGGUUAUUACUUCUCUUGGAAAGACGCUUCAACUGCCAAUACUGAAAUGGACUGGCUGGGUGUGCGUAACUGGUGUCGCCAGCGGUGCAUGGAUUCUGUUUCAAUUGAAACUAGUGUUGAGAAUGAAUACCUGAAGAGCCAUCUGGUCAAUGAUAAAGUAAAAUACAUCUGGACAUCUGGUCGCCUCUGUGACUUCAAGUCUUGUGAAGAGCGGCCUGAUCUGAAGCCUCUCAACAUCAAUGGCUGGUUCUGGACUGCUGAGCUGAAGAAACUUGCACCGACCACUGACCGUGUCCAGAAUGACUGGGGAUACUCUGGCGGCAUCAACAAACCUCAGCCAGACAACCGAGAACUGAUCCAGGGUGGAGCUCCUGAGAAUUGCCUGGCCAUCCUCAACCAAUUCUACAAUGAUGGAGUGCACUGGCAUGAUGUUGCUUGCCACCACAAGAAACCCUGGGUGUGUGAGGAAAGUGAAUCCCUCAUUAACUAUGUACGUUUCACAAAUCCUAACAUUGGUGUUUGAUUUUUUGGUCAAUUACACUGUUAGUCAAAAUGAGCUGGAGCAGUGAUAUUUAAUUAAUGAUAAGCUAUGUUCAAAUGUAAAAAUGUUAAUAAAUAAAAUUAAUUUAUAUAGUAA